AUGUCAGAUAAAAUAAUAAAUGACAAGGACCUAGAAGAUAUCCAGGGCCUUUUUCAGGACCCAGAUCCAGAGAUAAAUGCAAGAAGGGUCGAGGUUUACAAGACUGCUCGUGAGAACGACAUUUCCUCGUUCCCCAGUGAUCUCUCCAUAAUGUCUGCUUUCGAUGAUGUCUUGCUGUGUUUUUCUUUAGGCGGUCAGAUAAAGAACAUAUACAGAUACGGAACAUACACCACGUGUCAAGCCCAGAGAGAGAAGUUUUGGUUUGCCAUGUGGAAUGGUUCAUUCAGUGAAAAAGACAUUGAUAUAGAGAAAGUGGCGGCCAACCAAAGAGAGCUAGAGCGCAGACAAAAAGUGCAGGAGUUUUACAAGCAAAGACUUCUAGAGAAGAAAGCUCUUGGGCUGUCGGAGGAUGUUUGGGAUGAGAGGAAGACUCUUUUGAAUCGGCCAUUUAUGGAGAACGUCCUGCCGCAGUCGUUCCAGGAAUAA